AUGGACUCUUCUAGCGACCCAGAUUUAGGAGAGACAUAUCAUUCAACCGAGAGCUACGGAGAGGAGAGCAUCGAGGGCAGCGAAAGUCCCGAAACCAAGCACCGCCAGGUGUCGCGCCAGGUAAUUGGGCGCAAGCGGCGCUCAAGCGAAAUAGAGGACGAUUCAAGCGCAGAGGCAGAUUCUCCUCAAAAUCACGAGACAAGUCAGAUACCCGGAGUCGCGAGGACCAUCGAAAACGAGGCCCUGACAUUCGAAGUGGGAUGCCCAGUAUUCAGGUCGGAUUUGAGAAACACCCGGAAGGAUGAGGACAUAAUCUACCAUUACGAUUGCCCUCUAGAAAUGGCUGACCUCACCGUUGGCUUUACUGUGUGUCCAGGCAAGAAGUGGGAGUCUGCAAGCAGGUAUCACACUGCUCAGUUCCAAGGCCGGGACCUACGCUAUACUGUAGGUCAAUAUGUGUACAUCAAUAACAAGGAGAUUGUACCAGAUCCACCGCAUGCGGACGCAACAGAAGAGGAAAGACUAGCAUAUGACAAGAAGAAUUGCUGGGUUGGGCUACUAUCUGAAUUUAAAGCCGUGGAUGGAGAGGAGGUAUACGCCCGGGUGUACUGGCUCUAUUGGCCGGAUGAAUUGCCUAUGGGUCGACAACCAUACCACGGUAGAAGAGAACUGGUGCUCAGCAAUCACGUUGGCAUCAUCGAAGCGCAGAGCCUGGUUUCACUCGCGGAUGUCAGUCAUUGGGAUGAGACGGAUGACUCAAAUAAAAAUAUGCUUGGGGAGAGAUACUGGCGCCAAAUACUGGACGUUACUAAAAUGCAGAAGCAGUACCCUCUUUCCCUCCGUCCCCUCAGUCAGCUCCGGAAGUUCUGCAUCUGCGAAGGCUACGACAACCCCGAGCAGGACAUGUUCCAAUGCCCAGACAAGAACUGCGACACUUGGAACCACGAAGCUUGUCUGAUCGAGAACAUGGAGCAGAGGGCAUGGGAGCGGUUCAAGAAGGGGACCCUGACCGAUGAAGGGCCAGAGACGGAACAAAAUGCAACUUCGUCGCACAUACGGUUGAAACCCACCAAACAUGUGGCCACUCCCAAGUCGAAAAAGUCUAAAGCGUCCCGUAACAAGAAGAAACCAUGGGCAGGCAAAUUGGAGGGCAAGAUAUCCCGUGGCCGGAAGGUCGAAGAUGACAACUACAUCCACAUUGCAACCAUCCGGCAGUUGGUGCCUCAAAGCAAGGACGAGAAGGAUAGUUCCUUUAAACCGGUCACGUGGAACAUGGAGUUCAAUUGCCUGAAAUGCCACCGGGCGUUGAAUUCCUCGAAGUAA